AUGAUAAUUGAAUUGGAAGAUAAAUUAACAGCUUCAAUUCAUCUAUCAAAUUUACAAGAUCAAAUUAAUAAUGUUAGACAAACUGAUUUCUAACGUAAACUAUUCUUUACUAUAUGUAUAAAUGAUAAAAAUAAAAAUAGGUUUUGGACACAUAAUUCAUAUAUUUGAUAGUUGUAUAGCUAUGUUUGUAUAUGAUAAUCCAUUAAUACUUUUAAUAUAUUUUGGAUGUUAUACAUUAGGUUAAUUGGUGGCUUUAAAUAAAUAUAUGUAACACUGUUAAUUUUAUUGUUCAAUAUUUUAAAUCAUUUUGAUUUGCAUAUUAUUUAUGGAGAUGUAACAAGAUAUCAUUGUUUUAAUUACUUUUAUUAUUAAAUCUAUUAUUAAUGGAUACAUGAAUCAGGUACUUCAAAUGAUAAGAUUUUAACUUAUAAAAAUAUCUGUUAAUGUUGGAUAUUUGAUAACUAUAGUUUUUUGUCUAAUUGGUAUAGUUUGUAAGAGAUUUGAUUAUUCUCUUUUUCGCUUAAUUUGUGUUGCUGAAUUUUGUUUAUUAAUAAUAUUCUUGAAAUAAUCAUCUCGUCUUCCUCCUUUAAUGGAGGAAUGUUUAGAUAAUGAAUUUGAUAUUUAUAUUAAAUAUAUUGAAAAGUGUGCUGAAAAUAAUUCAGUAUUAAAUUAUGAAGAAUAGUAAUAUUGAUUAAUUAAUAAAUUAGUAAGAAUUCUAAUGAAUAGAUUUCAAUUAUUCAAACCUUUUAAAUUAAAGUACAUAGACCAACCAUGAGAAAAUUAUUCACAAAAUUAUCAAAAAUUAAUGAAUAAAUUUAUAUAUACUUUAUUUGUUAAACACUAUAAGGGUUUUUAUUUUAUAGGUAAAUUAUGUUAUUAAUAUGAGUAAUUUGACAUAUAUUAAAUAUUUUAACUCUGAUAACAGCAAUAAAUAUAUUGAUAUUAUGUUACUAUCCAUUUUUGGUGCUUUUAGUAAACCUUUCUAUUAAUUUAUGAUUGGAUUAUAUACUUAAAAAUAAGUUUAUCAAAUUUCAUGUAAAUUAAUUUUUAUUUUAGAAUCAAUUUGUAUAAUUAGUUAAAUGUUGAAGAUGAGUUACAUCUAUUUGUAGUCAGAUUUAAUGUUGUUGAUAGCUAGUUUGAUGCAAGGAGUAUUCCAUUACAAUAUAACAACCGAUAUCCAUUCAGUAACUUGGUCGAUAAUCAAAGGAUUACCGAACGAUGAUUUUAGGAUUAUCAUAAGUGUGUCGUCAUCUUGGAGGAAUGUUUAUGGCCUAUAGUGUUUAUGA